UCAAAGAUCGUGUUCGUAUUUGAUCGUAGAAUUGUCAAAGAAGUUUCUUGUUAUUGUAUGAUGAAUAUCAUAUGCACGUGGAAUUUUCCAUAAAACGCUUUUCUGUGGUUACUUAUUUUAUUAAAUAAUUAUAUGCUUAAUAAUAUUCUAAUCGCAAAUAUGCAUGAUUGUUCUGUUAGUUUUUCUGGCCCCGUAUCCAGAUCCACUAUUUGUGCUGUAGUGGUCGACUGUCUCAAACACAUUCUGUUUUGCCGAGGACAAUUUCCUUUACCUCUAGAUCAGUUGAAAAACUUGGUAAAGGCUCAUGAAAAGAGAACUGCUAUCGAGAAAAGAAUAUUGACUAUCGAUAAUUUUCCUGUGUAUUAUGACGAGCCAGAUGACGGAGAACGCGAAUGCCAAGCUAUUGCACUCAAACCAACUAGUGGAGAAGAAAGAACAAAACAGAAGUUCAUUGAAACAAUUAUUAAGUUUGAUGAGUUCUUCAAUCAGUUGACAAAUAUAUUGAACAAUGAAAAGGUUUCAGAAAUAGUUUUAAACUUAGGUUCAAAUAUGAUGAAUCCUAAAGAGCUUUAUCGAAUUAUGAUGCCACCUGAGUGUGUUAAUUCACACUGUUCCAGUGAUUAUUUAUCCUUUCAACGAUGCCGUAGGCAAUUCUACCAUGCCGUAAUGAAAAGUAAUCUGUGGGAAGACUUAAACUCGGAUAGUCCUGUACCAAUCUCAGUUCUCUUAUUACUAGAGCCUGGAGACUCUCUAAAUGAAUAUAUGGAACAGAAACGCUUUUAUGCUUUACCUAAAUGCAAGCAUAGAACAGUGCGCUUUUGUAACAGCUGUGUUCAUGGUGGAAAAGUUUUGAAUAUUAAGGAAAAUUUGCAUGAACAAUCUACAUCUAGUAGCAGUGCAUCUUCAUCAAGAAGUCCAAAUGCUUCCAAAUUAUGGGUAAAAGUACGACCAGAUCUCAGAGGUUUCAAAGAACAACCACUAUUUGAUGGCAUGUACUAAGUGAAUAUUUAUAUAUUUUGUGUUCAAAGUGUAGUUUUUACUAAAUAUACACUUAAUUUUAGAUGCUGGAAAUCAUUCCUAAGAGAAAUGCACAAUACUGUUUUGCAAUAUAAAUUAGUUCAAUUAAAAAGUGUAAAAACAAUGAAAUUAAACAUAUUAAUAGAAAGCAUAUUAAUUGAUUUAGUUAGUAAUAAAAUGGCUUUUUAUUUAAAAUAAUAUUUUUUUCAUAGUGUUAGAAAACGGACUGAAUUGCCAGUACCACAUCUAAACUGAAAAUCUGCAUUUCUUGAAUUAUUAGAUUAGAGGAUUGUUGGGUAAAAAUUUUUAGUUUUUUAUCCUGAAUUUUUAAAUUUUACAGCUUCUAAACAUUUUUUUAAGUGAUUUUGUUAUUGGCAUGGUACUGAUGACAUAUAUAUAAUUUUUCUGUAAAACCAUGGAGGUAAAAUGACCCACUACAGAUAAUUUUGUUAUUUUAAGUGUAGGACACAAUUUGUAUUUCAGAAAUUUUUAAUUGCUAAUGAUAAUUUAAUGAAGCAAAUGCCCAUUUCAUCCUUUUAUUUUCUAAUGUAAAAAACUAAAUUAUUCUGAUCAGAAUUAAGUAGUUAAAAUUUCCUUCAACGUCAUUUUUACUGAUAGUAACUGUGUUGUAUUUCUUGCCAUACAACUGUUCUGUUUACUUGUGUAAUUGAUUGUUCAUAGAUAAUAUAUUGAUCUUUAAUUCAAUAUUUUUUCAUCAUGUUUGAGUUUAUAAACUACUCAGUUGAAAAGGAAUGCCUUUAUGUGUCCUUUUUUUUAUAUUUCAUUUUAGUGUGUGUAUUAUGAAUUUUAUAUACUUGUUACUCUUUUGUUACUAAGCCAAAAAUAAAA